GCGCUGUGCGGUGACCACUACUGGACCGCAAUCUCAUCUCUUAGACUGAACAGUUCUUUUGCGUUGCUUUCUUUCACAUCUGAGCCACUGCUUGAUUCAUAACCUACGUACUACCCUUCUUCGUACUCGAACGACGCCUGACACACCAACCUCGCGAUGUCCUCGGAUACUUGGCCGCCUCAGUUGAAAGAAUGGGUCGCGAAAUGCUUGGGCCAGAUGACGGACGGCAACAGGGCUGAAGCUCAGGCUGAACUAAGACAGGUAAUCGCUGACGCUUUCACCGCCAAGACCCUCUGGACGACGGACUGGGCAGGCGUACAACUGAAGAGCUUGCAACCGAAAUCGCCGCCCGGACUCAACGGGUUGAAGCGCAAAUCGUUGUUUCUCCCUAGUGCGGAAAUACCACUACAGACCAAGAAAGCCAAGAAGGCACAGAAGAAUCUGCCGGUAGUACCAGAUUUCAACGAUCAAGCCGCGCUCAGUCGCCGAGCCCAGCGGUUCCGACGUGAGCACGAACUCGAACGGAAGAAGAAUCAUCACGGUCAUCUUUUUCAUAACGCCGAUGCCUCUCGCUCAUUUUCUCCAUCUUCCUUUGCUGCGGAUGAUCCUGAGGCCUCUUCGAAUACCAUGGACUGGGAUCGCUUUGCGAUCGUUGGAACAUCGAAGGAAAUAUUUAAGGAUUAUUUACGUCUAACAUCAGAACCGAAACCAGAGCAGAUCCGUCCUUUCCCCGUCCUACAACAGACCCUGGCGGCUCUCAAACAGCGAUGGAAAGAACAAGCAUCCGGUCAAACGAGCUAUAAUUGGAUAUGUAGCCAGUUCAAGAGCUUACGGCAAGAUUUGACUGUUCAACGCAUCAAGAAUGACUUCACCGUACAAGUUUAUGAAAUACACGCGCGAAUGGCUUUAGAAAUCGGUGACAUGGUUGAAUACAACGCUUGUCAGGCGAUGCUCCGCGGGCUCUACGAGCUCGGCAUCCCUGGCAAAGUGGAGGAGUUCACCGCGUACCGGAUUUUAAUGCUGCUCCACGGUCAAAACCGCAGCGAAUUAACAUUGUACGUAGGUCAACUAACGCCUCAGCAGAAAUCACAUCCAGCCGUGAAGCAUGCACUGGACGUGCAGCGCGCUCUUGCGACUGGCAACUACCACGCCUUUUUUGCCCUUUAUCUCAAUGCUCCGAACAUGGGCGGAUACAUUAUGGACCAUUUCGUAGAACGCGAACGCGUCAAGGCGUUGAUGGUCGUUACUAAAGCAUAUCGGACGGUUCCUUUAACCUUCGUUCACCGGGAGCUGGCGUUUGACGACCUGCCAUCCACGCGUGACUUCCUCUCUGAACUCAAGGCAGCGACAUUCACCAACCCGAACGCAGCAGAUAAGGAUAAGGUCAUCGAGUGCAAGCCGGCCGUUGCACCUCUGCAACAAGCCUUCGAAGAGAAGUACCGCAAGGUUCAGCUCAAAGGCCGAAUAUGAUCUUCUUUCUCGACCUCAAGCUUUGACCCUGUCGUAACUCAAGACACCAUCCGUUCGUUGUUCUACGCCUCGUUAUCGCUUUCGUUUCCUCUCUUGUUAUGGGAUCCCUGGAGGAGUCGGGAUUGUUCAGCUUCGCUACCUCGCCGCUCUUCCCGCAACAUUGACGUCGAUCAAGAUGGGGGGCCGAUGGGACGCGAGGAGCUGCGCAAUGUGUCUGCACACGCAUCGGUUAGUGCUACUCUAGGCGCGUCAAUGUACAUAGCAGUCGUUUCCGCAAGUCUUUCACUGGUAAUAUAUGAUUGCUCG